AAAGAGUGGCGAGGCGAGAUCUCGGAAACCGAGCCAGCCCGGUUGACCGGGCUCACAUGAAAAGGCCCUUAAAUCACCCGCGGAACAAUUACAUGCGUGGCAAUUGAUCAUUUUCAUCUCUUUUCCCUUUAGGGUUAAUUAUUGCGAUCAGGGGCUCCGCUUUUAUAAUUUUAGGCUUUGAUAAAUCUAUAUAUUAAAAUAAAGUAACUGAGAUGUGUAUGGACACUCAAAACCUUUUGGUGAACUUAUGAAGUGAUCUUAAAACUUCUCAGUUGGAGACCAUAUUCACUAUAGGUCUUGGUCAAGGCUCUUUGAAUAUGGAAAUGAUGCAAAGUUAGGUUCUCUGGUCACUUCAGUUCAUGCUACUAAACCCAAUCUCACAUGGUCUACCCUCAGCCUCCCCUCCCUCUCUCUUAUGAACCCAAACACAGCGGCCUGGACCGAAAUCGAAACGUUUUUCACGUUGUAUCAGCCUUGCAGUCUAUUGUUUGUCUUCAUACAUUUUUCUGGCUGAUCAGAUCUCUUGUAGAUCCUAAGUUGCCAACGUUUAUAGUAUGCGGUCCCUUGCAGUUUCUGGUUGCUCAUUCUGGACCGACCGCCUGGACCCGGUCGCUUAUUUGGCUUGGUUACAAAGGAAAUGUCUGGUGGAUUCUGUAGAUCUCCUCUUGCAGAGGGAAGUGAUAUGUGGCUACGGCAGGAAUAUAAACCCGAGAAACAACGGUUUGAAAAGCCUUUCGAACUAGAAAUUGAUAGCAACCUAAAUGAUCAACGAUCUGACUUUGCAAACCACGAAGUUUCCAAAAAAUCGGUUCUAAAACUUCAACAGAGUUACGCAGCUCUUGGAACGACAGUGUGGGAUGGGAGCAUAGCACUCGCUAAAAUGUUCGACAAUCAAGAAGUGUUUCCUUCAAGUCACCUGCAAACAUGUAGAGUCUUAGAACUUGGAGCUGGUUGUGGUCUGGUAGGGAUCUAUCUCUGCUUGCUUGGAGCUAAAAUGGUCGUUCUCACGGAUAUGCACUGUUGCAUAAAAACUCUUGAAGACAACGUGACUUCGAAUGUAACUGGAAGUUACCGCGAUAGGAUCGAGAUUAUGGAAUACUCCUGGGGCAAUAGCACAUCAGAAUUGAUAAAAGAUGGCUUGUUUGAUUUGAUUGUCGCGGCAGAAGUUCUUUAUUCACCAACAGAUUCUGUGCUGUUAGCUCAGUGUAUUCCGAAGUUAACGAAACCAGAUUCGCGAAUUUUUGUUUCAAUGGGAAGGAAUCGUGGAGGUGAAGAAGUAUUUGUUAAAACAUUGGCUGAUCAAGGUUAUCACUGGAAUGAGGUUCCAAGGGAUCAACUUCAUCCAAAAUACCAGGAUGACAUCAUCACAGUUCUUGAAUUUAAACUUGAAAGUUGAUUUGUAAAGUUGAAAACUUUUAUGUGAAAACCCUCUUGUUCUCAAAAUAAAAAAUGCACACAAAGUUAUAACAUUCAGUGUAGAUUGUUCAGCAAUCUUUUUAUUAUCAUUGUAAAUGUGAUAACUUUUAAUCAGCUUAUCAAAGGUUUUAAACUUCUUGGUCCUUGUUCCAUUUGUGUACUCUAUGUUAACAUUUAAGUUGUUUUUCUGUUCAAUAAAUUGUUUGGAUAAGAGGCAACUAUGUGUUUGUUACCUGCAAAAUCUUCUAAAGUAAUGGUAGAUGCUCAUGGUAAUUGCUUGCAAACCACCCAAAAAUCACAGUUAGGCCUAGUUUACACUAGCAACAUACUGCGACUUUCAAUUGAGUAAGGCACCAUGGAGCUUUCAAUUGGUGAUGAAGUUUUGAACUUAAAAUUAUGGUGUUCCAUGGAAAACUUUCCUCGUUUCCAGUGGUAACCAGCAUGGACUGCAAUUUCCCGUGCUCUGCUGCCAAUGACAUCAAAGGCCAACAAGCUGCCACUGGAAAUGGAGCCAGUUUCCCCUGACAACAACACAAGUUAAAUGUUAAAACCUAGUCACCAAACUUUCAUUCUGCCUUACUCAACUGACAAUCAUAGUAACAACAUAACGUAAACAUAACAACAAAAGAAGAAUGUUAUGUAAUUACCAUGAUCGUAAUACAGUGUAGCAACAUAACAGCACGAACAUAACAACAUAAGGAAAAACCUGACAUUUACCUUACGUGUUUAUGUCGAUGUUUACAUUACCGACAUAAACAAUUAAGUUGUUGUGUCAUUAUGCUAGCUGUUAUUUCAUUAUGUUGCUAGUGUGAACCAAGCCAUACUGUUCAGUUCUUUUUGCAACCUCAUCCAUGGUUACAAUAUCUACUAUCUGGGAUUUAACACUAUCAUGACCACUGUCUCAGAAAAAUGUAAUAAAAGAUAGGUUCCAAGAGUUGAAUAGCUUUUAAUCCUGGGUUAGCAUUAACAGGCUUUGGAACAACCUGGCCCUGGAUGGUAUAUUAGGAAUUCAGUUAAUAAAAUAAUUUAAUUUACAUGUAGAUAUGGAGAUUUCAUGUUGGUAAUCCGUUCCAUUGUAUAGUUGUCCACCUUGUUUAACAGUUGUGGCAGCUCAAUGGUACAGCCUCGAUCUUCCCAGCGACUGCAAUACUCUAGAAUGUACCGAAUGCAAGUAGGAGCCUCAGGGUCUUCAAAACAAGACCCAAAAUGACAUGGGCUCUUUUGGUUACUCAUAUCAAAGUUGCAGACCUCUUCCUAUGAGAUACAAUAGGACAAAUAUGGUUUUAUUGUUAGUACAGUAUUUACCAACAGGAAGAUCGAACUUGGUAAAAUUUAUUAUUUCAACAAUUAAUUUGUACCCAUUUAGUGCCAGACUAUUGUGUACACUGUGCCACACCAUUUUCAUUGAACAUGGGUGUCUAGUACAAAAAACUUCAAAUGUCAUAGGCUUUUUCACUUUUACUACAGACAUGUACACAUUCUCUAAAAGAUCAUAAAUGUCUCUUAAAUGCCAUUAAUUUUUCUGCGGUUGAUGAAGUUUGAUUUCCAUAUGGUUUCACAGCAAUGGAAAAUUAGCAGUCUCUCGAAAAACCUACCCAUGGAGUUAUGUAGGCAAGACUGGCAGAUGCUUUGAAACGAGAAAAAAAGAACACACGAGGAAUGUGAUGUCUUAUGUAAGAGGUUCCAACAACGCUUGGUCUUCAAAUCACUCUAUUGACUUUAAAAAAAAAAAUUCCCAAGUGAUUG